CAUGGGUGGAAAAGGGUCCCAGCUCCGUUUAACCGAGCAACAUCUGCGUCUCCAGGCCGACGCUCCAUAAACUGACAACAAACAGAGGGCAACUUUUUCUUCUUAUUAUUAUAUUACUGUUACGAGAAUACGAUAAACUACUUACAGCCCCAGGACAGACCAGGGAGCUGGAAAAGUUAGUCCGUCAGUGUUUGUUUUUUUUUUUUCUUUUUGCGGCAACAUUUAAAACAAAAAAAGAGCUGAUGAAAUUAUCAGAGAAGUGAGACUUCGGGGAGCCGCUCAGCAGGAGGUCUCGACGCUUUUCCGACCAUGCCACCGCUGACGGGCUGGUGGAUUUCAUCUUCCUGUGUCACUUUGACAUCUUCAAAGGUAUGACGGACAAACGAGACCAAACUUUCCCUCCCUCUGGUCGUCAGGAGGGAGUUAAUGAAGAAAUCUGAAGGUAAUUAAGACCAGCUCCGGGGUUUUACUGAACAACUGAGGGACAAAAAGGCCUGACAAAGCUUGUGGCGCUUAAAGGGAGUCUGGGCACUCUGGCACACUCUGCAUUGUGAGUCUGGCACGUAUGCCUUUGUAUUUGAACCUGACUCUGUUCGGCUGGUGGGCCUUAAAUGCCGCUAAACUUUGCUGAAUUUGAGGUUUUGCCAGUGAAAAGUUACCGCAAAGUGGAAAGGAAAACUUCCUGACCCAGUGAGGGUAACCUCUGUGGGAUUCCUUUAUGUCUUGCAAAGUUUACAGCAGGUAACAAGCAGAGUGUCUUCAGUGAUCAUCCGUUUCCUGUUUCUUGAUGUUGUUUUGUACUUAAGUGUUCAACUGCAGUGUGAGUCCAGCGUUUUAUUGCAAAGACUCGAAAGGCCUCAGUAAUUUGAUGUCCGACGACUGCUUUUCUCUUCUAGGUGUCAAACGGGUUGUGAACCUUAGUCGAUGGAUUUGUCACCUUUAAUUCAAGAGGUUUUCACCUGUACUUUCUCCGUAGGCUAGAAACGUGGAAGCAUGGGCGACUGGAGCUUUCUGGGGCGGCUGCUGGAGAAUGCUCAGGAGCACUCAACAGUCAUCGGCAAAGUCUGGCUGACCGUCCUCUUCAUCUUCAGGAUCCUGGUGCUCGGCACCGCGGCCGAAGAGGUCUGGGGCGACGAGCAGUCCGACUUCACCUGCAACACCCAGCAGCCCGGCUGCGAGAACGUCUGCUACGACGAGGCCUUCCCCAUCUCGCACAUCCGCUUCUGGGUGCUGCAGAUCAUCUUCGUGUCCACGCCGACCCUCAUCUACCUGGGCCACGUGCUGCACAUCGUCCGCAUGGAGGAGAAGCGGAAGGAGAAGGAGGAGGAGAUGCGCAAAGCGAACAGGUUCCAAGAGGAGAAGGAACUCCUUUACAGAAACGGCGGCGACUCUGGAGGCGGCGGGAAGAAGGAGAAGCCGCCCAUCAGAGACGAGCACGGCAAAAUCCGCAUCAGAGGUGCGCUGCUGCGCACCUACGUGUUCAAUAUUAUUUUCAAGACCCUGUUUGAAGUGGGUUUCAUUUUGGGCCAGUAUUUCCUGUAUGGCUUCCAGUUGAGGCCCCUGUACAAAUGCGCACGUUGGCCGUGCCCCAACACUGUUGACUGCUUCAUAUCAAGGCCCACUGAAAAGACCAUUUUUAUUAUAUUUAUGCUUGUGGUGGCUUGCGUGUCUCUUUUGCUGAAUUUGUUAGAGAUCUAUCACCUCGGAUGGAAGAAACUCAAGCAGGGCAUGACGAAUGAGUUCGUCCCUGACAGCGAGUCGCUGCAGCGCACCGACGCUGAAGAGCCUCAGUGUUUGGCCUCAGUCUCCAGAACUGUCCCAUCCAGCCUCAGCUACCCUCCCAACUACAUAGAUGUGACGGCAGGCAGCGGGGCGUUCUUGCCACCUGUAAAGCCGGCGGCAAUGGCUUCAGCAGCGGAGUUCAAGAUGGGUGACCUUCAGCAGGAAGAGUCCCUUCGCCAGUCUUCUUCCCCUUCUCAGUACUACAUCAGCAACAACCACAGACUGGCCACGCAGCAGAACUGGGCCAACUUGGCCACCGAGCAGCAGACUCGGGAGAUGGGUUCCCCGUCGCCAUCCUCGUCUUCUUCUGCCAACAAUGAGAACGAACAGCAGCAGAUGCCGGCUGGUGCUGCGCUGCUUCUUCCCAGCAACAACACCAACAGCAAUGCCAACACCACCAACAACGCCGCCUCAGACAGCACUGGCGGCAGCAGCCCAGCCACCGACAGAGGCGGCGGAGGAGGCGACAACACGCAGGAGGAGGUCCACCGCACCAUCACGACGGUGGAGAUGCACGAGCCUCCGCACAUGGCCAGUACAGACCCUCGGCGGCUCAGCCGGGCGAGCAAGAGCAGCAACGUCAGGGCCAGGCCAAGCGACCUGGCUGUCUAGAAGCGCUUUGGCCCUUUAGGGUCCCCCCACCCCUCCAACAGCACCUCCGGCUUCCUUCUACCACGCCCUCCAACACUGAUUGUUAAACACGCAAGGAAAGCACUACAUUCUUGCUUUAGGUAGGAACCAGAUCUAAGAAAAAUACAAAAAGACAAAGUAACAAGAGGCAGGAAAGCAAAUCAGCAUAAAAUGUAGCUGCUAGUAUGGAAUCACUUCCCCAGACAGAAGGGUCCGACUUCACCCGUCGCUCCCUAGCCCCACCAAUCUAAGUCCUUUUCUGGCUUUCAUAUAUUUGAUCCCAUGGCCUAACGCAAACUAAAUUUACUAGUCAUUAGCUAUAACAGACAGGUUUUCAUUUGUAAGUGCGACAGCUGCCACCACGUGAGAACCGGGAAGGGUUUCGGACUCUGGGGAUUCAGGGUGGUGUUGAGAGUCUUGGGUCAAAUACUAUCGUCUCCAGCUGUAGCCUUUUAGUGCAAUCGGUGAAUUGUAGAGCUGCUUAUGUAAGGUUUGUUAAGACUGUGCACAAAAAGUAUGAUCACACCUUUUAACAAAAAGCAGAAGGUAAAAUUCUAUGUUGUUAAAGGCACAUUUUAGAAAUGUGGUUUGGUGGAAGACUUAGUGGUGCUUCACUCUUAUUUGUUGGUGCAAACUGACAUAUUUUCCUAAUGUCUGUGUGAAGAUGAUGAGAUUCUUACGUUAAAUAACGCUAUGUCCACGUCAUCUGAAGCUGGUUAUUAGCUUGGCUAUCUGUUCAGGUAGCAAGCCUAUCCGGUCAGCCGCUUCAGACAUGCCACUUGUUGUCGUUUUAGAACAGAACUGCCUUCAUAAGAGGGAUUGCUGGUGCUGAUUUCAGUUUCCAAUACCAUCAUACUUUUCUGUAAGUGAGGGAAACGUGUAGUGGCUUUGUCUUGGCCAGCUGCCCAGCAGUGCGCAGCAACAAGUGGGAGAGAAAGCACCGGUCACUUUGGCACUUUCUCUGAGAUUUCAUUAAGAUGGUUUAAAUAGUAGGAGUGGUAUAAGAGAACAUUUUAGUGCUUUAGAAAACUUAAAAACCCUGGUUUUCUUUGAUACGGCCUAAUAGUGAAUGAAAAUUUGCAUUUCAGCUGCAGGAAGCAAAAUGUCAGUGCUCUAUGUUAUGUUAUUGCAAUUUAUAUUAGCUUUUUUUUUUUUCUUCUCCGAAGAGUUUUUACGGCGCUAGUGGCUCGUAUUUUUUCUACAGUAGGCUGACAGGGAAGGAGAAGGGGGAAGACAUGCGGCAAAGGUCGUCGGGACCAGGAGUUGAACCCGUGACGUCCGUGUCGAGGACUAAGGCCUCCAAACGUGGGGCGUGCUAACCCCCUGCGCCACCACAGCAUGCCCCCAUGUUAGCUUACUUAUUGUUCAGUAUGAGGGUUUACUAAAGACUCUGAAUCAAUGUCACAUUAAAAGGUUGUAGAUGUUUUUUUUUAACAAGAUGUGACAACAUAAUUGUUUUCAAGACAGAUUAUUGCAAAAAGUGUAGUCCUACAACUCACCGAUGUACUGGCAAACUAACUUUGUUUUACCCUAAAUCCACUAUGUAUCUCUUUUGCCAAUGUUUUAAAAAUUUAACAGUCAGGAUGAAGGAAAAAUAAUUUUAAAAAACAAUGCAGGUCAAAAUUAACCAAGUGAUUCCUAUAGUUGACCUUGUCCUCUCAGAGAAAAUGGUUACCUGACUCUGCUUUCAGUCAACAUAAGUAAAAAUAUAUUGCACAAAGUUAUUGCAUGCCAAAAACUUUAAAAAUAUAAUCCAAAAAUACACCAGGCAACAUGAUAUUCAAAAUAUAGCAUCCCAGAGGGUUUUGGUUAAGGAUUUGUAACAAGUAUUUUGUAGUUAUUUGGGUGGGUUAUUUCUUUCCCCAAUAUACCCACAACUACCUUUUUAAUCACACCUGAACAACAAUAGCAACCUUGGAAGCUCCAUUAUUUUUUUAUUGUUACACACUUCAUGUGCUUCUUUAUUAGUUUUAUUCUGAAAAGUGCUAUUUUUUUAAGAAACUGAAUUGACUUUUACUCACAUACCCCAUCCCUGUAGUAGUCAGUUUUUGACUGAGCAGCAACUCAGAUUAAAAAGAAAAAACAAAAACAGCUGUUGUGCGUUUUUGAAACGCUGUUGUGCAGUACCCCCCACUAAUGCUUUUUAUUUCUCUUGUGCUCGUCGCGAUACUUGGACACCUUCAGAGAACCUGAGAUGUUAACUCAUCAACCGCCACGCACUUCUGUGUAUGUGGUGUGUCACUGUCUUGUUUGGUUGCUCACGCCGCAAGCAUUUUCAAAAUGCCGUUUCACUUUACAUUAACCUUAAUCUACGGUAUAUUGUCACAAGCCCCUCACCGGCGCACCUGAGUGAAAAACCUGAUCUGUACUUGACAUGUUACUGAGCAUAACAGCACAAUGAAGAAUUAGAGGGACAGUUAAGGAUUUAAAAGUGAAGUUCUGCUAAAGGUUUUUUUUAGCAGUUAAUAUCUUACUUGCAAUAGAUACGUAUCAAGAGAUUCUUAUUAGUAUAAAUCCACAUUAGCUAGCCCUGGAGACAGAAGCUAGUAGCGUCAGCAUCUGAGACUGAAGCUAGCUAGACUGAAGCUAGCAGCUGGUGAAGUUCUGCUAACGGUAUAUAAGCAGUUAACUUACUUGCAAUAGAUAAGUCUCAAGGCAUCUUCAUCAGUAUAAAUUCACAUUACCAAGCUCUGGAGACAGAAGCUACUAGCUAGCUUCUUCCUCAGUGGCAGAAGCUAGUAGCUAGCUUCAGCAUCUGAGACUGAAGCUAGCAGCUAGCUAAUUCAAAAAGAACAAAUCCCCAGUAUUCUGCCAUUUUAAAAAUCCUCAUAUCUCGAAAUGGUAUUCUUUGAGAUUUCAUAAACAUCUCAAAGUUUAGGAUUUUAAAGUGAAGUUCUCCUAAAGGUAUAUAAGCAGUUAAUAACUUACUUUUAACAGAUAAGCCUCAAGGCAUCUUCAUUAGUAUAAAUCCACAGUAACUAGCCCUAGAGACAAGCUAGUAGCUAGCGUCAGCCUCAGUGGCAGAAGCUAGGCUGAACUAACAACUAGCUAAUCCAAAAAGACCAAAUCCCCAAUCUUCUACCGUCUUAAAAAUGCUCCAAUCUCGAAAUGCCGUAACAGUUUAUGUAAAUGCUAUUUUAGCAACCUUAAAACGGUUCCUAUUAGUAAUCAAUGGCUAUUUAAACUGCUGAUUUUUUUUUACACCUGAAAUGGAGGUCAGAGUUGACACACCACCAGUGGCGUUCCAAUGUGAGAUGUGUACAGCGAACUAAGCACAGUUUCAUAGUUAAAUGUAAAUAAUAUAAAAGUAAAGCACUAUAAAAAGGAAAAACACUGGCUUAAACUGCAACAAACACCUGAGAUAUUCCAGGAUUAAUACAUAUUUUGAACAUGAAGAUAAUUGGUGGCGCACUGCCUUCGACUUCCAUUUCAUAUGUUGAUAUUGCAAGACGUGAAAAUGAUUUAACUCUUCAUAAAACAGUGUUUACAUAAACCACUGACAUUUUUGAUGUCAGAGUUAUUUUAAUACAAUGGACAUAUAAUUUGGUCUUGUCCCAUAUUAGACUAGACAUGAUGUUCAACCUUCAGGACCAACUCAUGAGGACUUACUAAAUGAAGAGACUAAGUGGGUUAUCUGCUGCUGUGGUUAGUCAUGUAACAGAACUUCACUUCAAAAAUAUGAAACUCCUUCCUUUAAUACUAUUUUAUGUAGGCAGUAUUUCACAUGUCGUCUGCACAGCCAGCAGCUGCAGUGAGGGACAGGAGUAGGAACAGGGUGAAGGAGGACAUUUUUCAGCAAAGUAGAGACGCUACAAAAUCAUGUUACUGUAUAGUCCAAGCAUAGUAUACCUUAUUUAUAGGUAUAAGGAUAGGUAUAAAACUAUGCAAGGAUAAAACACAAAGCUAAAACAAUCUUUGUAACUUCAAUUUAAAAAAAAAAGCACCAGAAAGACUCGCUUUUUUGCUAUUAUUAUUAUUUAUGAUUUUUAAUGUUUACAUUUUAGAAGUCGGUACUUGCACAUUUAGGAAGUAAAGGUGCUCCUCUACAGUAACAGAGCUAACAGUAUUAAGAGGCGGAGAGAUGUAAUGUGACGCAAGACUGCUAAUGACAAGGUGAAAAGUCUUAAAAACCACAACUGUUCACAGACAUAGGAAUACUACCAAAAGGCUCAUUCGUCUCACGCACUGAUAGCAAAGUGUCCGGACAUUGAAAAAGGAGAGAAAAACAAAAACAGCUGGAAUAUUUUUGUGUUUGUUUAGUUAAUGUGUUCCCACAAACCUGCUGGGACUCCGGUCAGACGUCACAUAUCAAGACAGCCCUGCCCGUUCAGAGAGAACGGGUAGCUGGCCCUUCCCCAAUCCCGCAACCCUGACAGGAUGUUGGGUUCAAAGAGCGUUGUCCCCGUGACUACUUGAAACUCUCUUUCCACUAACAGUAUUUUUUCAUUUAUUUUUUUCAUGCGGAGCAUGAUGUCUCUGGCCCAUCAGGGAGAAGGAACCAUCUCACGACGCUCACAGCUGCAAUCUGUUUUCAAACGCCGUCUUAAAACAAGAGAAGUGCCUUGUGUAUGAAUGAUGCUAUUUGUAAAGACAAGUUGAUGUAAAUGUUAAUUUACCUCAAGUGUUUACAAAAAACUGUUA